AUGGUAUCAGAGCUAGUCAAACUUAAUCAUAAGGCUAUGUGGGCGCUGAAGAAGCUGAAUAUGGAUUGGGAAGAAGCGACUAAACUUCGGUUGUUUCAACUCAAUGAGAUGGAUGAGUUCCGGUACCAGGCCUAUGAAAGUGCAGCUUUGUAUAAAGAAUGGAUGAAACACUAUCACGACAAGAAGAUCCUCAAGUGGGACUUUCAGAAGGGUGAUUCUAUCCUGCUGUACAACUCGAGACUGAAGCUCUUUCCGAGCAAAUUAAAAUCCAAAUGGUCCGGACCUUUCGAAUUGGUGAGUGUUUCACCCAAUGACUCAAUGGAAUUGAAAACCAUGGAUAGGACUCGGAAAUUUCGGGUUAAUGUCCAAAGGGUGAAGCACUACCAUUGGUGCAUUGAUGGAGAUAGGAUCGUGGAUAGACCCCGACUGAAACAUGGAUACACUACUGACCCGGAGUAA